AUGGCCAAAUCCACCAUCAAAAACCUCAAGUGCUCCAAAGGACAUCUAAGCACAAUCUCAGGAAAGAAAUCGCUUUUCAGUACCCUUGGCCACAGAAAUUACUCCCUCUAUGUGAACAGGGUCCUAAAGGAAGUGGUCCCACAGAGGGGCAUAUCAUCUCGCACCUUGGGCAUCAUGAACACUCUGAUCAACGACAUCUUCGAGCGCAUUGCUACAGAGGCCUGCAACAUGAUGUAUUACAGAAAUCGUUGUACCCUCACUCCAGAAGAUAUCCAGAGGGCAGUGUAUUUACUGGUUCCUGGGAAACUAGCGAAGAACGCGGUGGGUUUUGGAAGUGAAGCAGUCAACAGAUACGUCCACUCCUAAAUCCCAUGUGCCAACUUAACGGA